AUGCCGGAUAUUGAUUAUUAACAGUUACCCUUCCAAUACCACGUCCUGCCCCUCAAUCCUGCGUCGAUAAGACGGUCAUCCCGGACUCGUAUCGUGUCCGCGGCAGUGCUCAUUUUCGUCAGCCCAGCGGGUCUGGGAAACCGGAUAUUUAGAUGAAGACAGGUGGAGAAUAUCAAAGGACCACGUUAUGUCCUACGGCGGAAUUCAAACAGCCAGACUCGAUAUAAGAUAUCUGCGGUUCCUGUCUGUUGGCGAGGUUGCAUGGUAAUCAAUCGUCUGUUUGCAAUCUUUCCGAAAGAAAAAGAAAAUUUAAUUUUUAAUCAUAUUCUCCGCCUGCUACUUGUUAUUGCUGUCCCUACGCACUACCAUCAGAGAUACUUUCUCUGCAGGAUGGGGCUGGCUUCACAGUGCAAGACUGUCCAUGUCGGCCGCGCUCAUAGCCAUUUAAAAUGGUCUAAAAACAUCGAACCCGCUCUCCUCGUUUCGUCAGGCGAUACAGUGACCUUUGACGCCGUGGAUAGCAGCAAUGGACAGAUAUCUGCAACAUCAGACGUUUCUGCCAUCAGCUCCAUAGACCUUAGCAUCGCAAACCCUGUUUUCGGUCCUGUUUACAUCCAAGACGUUCACCCGGGUGACGUGCUGAAAGUCGAUGUCCUAGACCUGGAGGUGGCAGAUUGGGGCUGGUCAGCAGUCAUUCCGGGCUUCGGACUACUAGCGGACGAAUUUCCAGAACCGUCACUCUAUAUCUGGAAACUGGAUAGAGAACACAACUAUGCGCUUUUUAAGGACAAUACUCGGAUACCAUUGCGGCCCUUUCUGGGCUGCAUGGGAGUGGCUCCUGCGACAGAUGAUGACCUUUCUACGAUACCACCUACCGAUGCCGGGGGCAAUAUGGAUUGCUCGAUGCUCAGUGUAGGGUCUACUGUUUACCUACCCAUCCAGACCGCCGGUGCUCUCUUCAGCUGUGGGGAUGGUCAUGCUGCUCAAGGCCAAGGGGAGGUCUGUGGGACUGCCAUCGAAACGCCUUUGAGAGCCACGCUUCGUUUUGAAAUCUGUAAAGAUCAGCCGUGGGUUAGAGCCCCAGCAUAUCAGACUCCGCCGAGCUCUCUGUUGCGCAGUUCGAUUUCAGAUCGCGGUUGCUACGCCGCCAUGGGCGUCGAUUCGGACCUCGUUCAGGCAGCGAAGAAAGCAGUUCGAAGUAUUAUUCAGUGGCUGGUUUCUACCAAAGGUUUCAGCCGCAGUGAGGCCUAUAUCCUAGCCAGUGUAGCAGGGAACCUUGAAAUUGUGGAGGCAGUGAAUAUGCCCAACUACGAAGUCGCAAUGAGUUUUCCCUUGGGAAUAUUCGGUUAGAAUAACCCUACAUUUUAUGUCUGCCACGCCCUUUUCUCGUACUGAAAUUUAUGAUAAUUCAUACGGUCUUCAGGCUGGGAUUGGUUCCUCGACCGCUAUACAGGGUUCUCUUUUGAUGCUGUUGGUGUUAUCCUACGAGCUGUGUUUUACUUUGGGUUUGCGAGUUCCGAGAAACUGUUUGGGAGGCGCAUUUAAUCCAGCGCUACUAACGUACCAAGUAUAUUACUUGGAACCACUCACAUCUAUAGAAAUGAAGAGUAUAUGAAAUGUUUGAAGUGACUAUUUGGACCCUGAU